UUUACAUUUACAUACUGGACUAUCUUGACAUUCAAAUAAACUCGGCAAACUGGAAUCACCAGGUUAAAUAUAGCGACUAUCGUGCUCUCGGCUAAGUACUACCAGUCUAUCUUAUCUCCUCGAACUGUGUGAUAUAAAAUGAGUGAUCCUAUUGUUGAAAACAAGCAGCCAGUAUUAUACUCAUACUGGCGCAGCUCAUGCUCCUGGCGAGUUCGCAUAGCACUCAAUCUUAAAGAAAUACCAUACGACAUAAAGGCUGUCAGCCUGAUUAAGGGAGGCGGAGAACAACACUGCAAUGAGUAUAGAGAAGUCAACCCUAUGGAGCAAGUACCAUCUUUAUGCAUUGAUGGGCACACUCUUAUUGAAUCAUUAAACAUCAUGCAUUAUUUAGAGGAGACAAGACCACAGAGACCUCUUAUGCCGCAAGAUUGCUUUAAGAGGGCAAAAGUUCGUGAAAUUUGUGAAAUGAUAGCCUCAGGAAUACAACCAUUGCAGAAUCUGAUUGUGCUAAUUUAUGUUGGUGAGGAGAAAAAGAAGGAAUGGUCCCAACACUGGAUCACAAGGGGCUUCAGAGCUAUAGAAAAGUUGCUAUCGACCACUGCCGGAAAAUAUUGUGUUGGUGAUGAGAUUACCCUUGCCGAUUGUUGCUUAGUUCCACAAGUGUUCAAUGCUAGAAGAUUUCAUGUUGAUCUACGUCCGUUCCCAAUCAUCCUCCGCAUAGACCGUGAACUGGAGAACCAUCCCGCAUUCCGUGCGGCUCAUCCAUCAUCUCAGCCAGAUUGUCCUCCAGAAGUUGCUAAAUGAACUUUGCCCAUAACAUACCUAAUGUUUUUGCCAAAUUUAAUGUUUCAUUUUUGAUCAGGAACUGCCUGAUAUACAUAAAUUUAAUUAGCCUUUGUUUUUCUCUAUACCUAUAUUUAAUACACUUAGGCUUAGUUUAGCAGCUUCACUUUGCAUUAAUCAACAGUAGGAACUUUAUUAAAAAUAUACACAUUCGAAUUUCUUCUUUUCAUUAUGAAGAAAAUGGAAAACAUGCUAGUCUAAAAUUUAAAAUUUUUAUAAUAAUAUUUACAUUUAAUACAUACAUUUGAAAUCGACUUCUUAAGUGUUAAAUUGAAUUUUUACACUUAUUACAUUCCAAUCUAAUGAACUUCGCUUUUAGAAGUCCUAGGUUUAAGCGAAAUUUUUUGUUUCAUAUAAUGUUA